AUGGCGGACCCGGACCAGGGGAUGGUGAAGGCCAUUUUCUUGGUGGGCCGUGGUGGAGGAGGGCAUAUGGCAGCUGCGAGGGCUCUUCAGCAGUGUGUCCUGGACAAUGCAGAGUCGGUCAUUGACUGCGUUGAGAUUGUGGACGGCGGAGGUCUAGCCGAGCUGGCUAUCUCCGGAGACAUGCUUCCCAGCGGUGACGACAUCUACAACUACUUCAUGCAGAUAGGGUUUUACACGAUGGCGGGAAUGUUGGGAAACAUCGCUGCCUUCGGCAUCCGCAUGAACCAGGCAGCAAUAGAAGAAGUCUUUGAGGAGUACUGGCAUGUCAAAAAGCCAUCCAUUGUGGUUUCCUUCGUUCCUUUCCUCAACCCGGCAAUGCGAACUUCGCUGCUGCGAGUUCUUCCUCACUGCCGGUUUGUCACGGUUAUCACGGACAUGGCAAAUUGUCGUGAGCAUCCUUGGAUAGACCGACAUGACGCAAGCGCGGUGAAUCACACCAUUGUGGUCGGGAACGAGACUCUUGAAUCUCAGGCAAUGGAGAUAGGAUGGCCAUCUUCCGCACUACUACGGACCUCAGGCAUGAUCAUUCACCCGAACUUCUACGAGGCGAAGGCCAAAAACCACGGCGCCACGUCGAAGACGAUGGUCAUCUUCUUCGGGGGCACCGCGCCCAUGCGUGUGGGGCAAAUUGCAAGAAAGCUCUCCGCGGCACAUCCAGAAAUGGAGAUCGUGGUUCUCUGUGGAAGGAAUGCUGAGCUGCAAGGGCAGCUGCAGGACUUUGUCCAGCAAGGAGGUGGGCGCCACGUCGUAGAGGGCUUCGUGAGCUCGGACAAAGUUCGCGACUACUUCGCAAAGGCGUUUUGCGUGCUGGGCAAGGCGGGCCCAGGUGUAGCUGCAGAGGCAAUUGCCUGUGGUGUUCCAAUGCUGAUCGAGAGCGCGAACGUGAUGCCGCAGGAGCAGCCUGUGUUGGACUACCUGACCAACUCCGGUGCUGGUCUGGUGGUCAAGGACUUGGAGAAUCUUCCAGAAGAUCUGACCCAGAAGGUGGAUGAGUGCCGGAGCGCGAUCGCCGCCAUGCCGGCCAACAAUGCCGUGUUUGAGGUGGCGAAUCAUCUCGACAAGCUUGUCAUCAUGAACAGACAUGCUGGUGACCUCGAAGAAGCCUGCGAGCGGACCCCCCUUCGGGAGGAAGGUGGCCAGCGGCCAAUGGUGAUUGGUGCACCGAUGGAGGUGGGUUGA